UGUCAGUGUCGGCGCGACCGGGGACGGAGUAAAGCUUGGUGGUCCGACCGGACCGAUUCAGCGGCGAUACGCCACUCGCCGGCACAGACCUCAGCUCGACCAUGGCAGCGGUGGUGCUGCUGCUCGCCGUAGCAGUGUUGGUUUCACCGACCGCUGCGGAGUCGGUGCCCUGCGAACCGGUCAAGUUCGGCCAUGACAGCGUCGUGUGCGCCUGUAACGCGACCUACUGCGACACGGUACCUGAAGUACCGGCGCCCGCUGCCGGUGAAGCCGUAGUCAUCACGUCUACCCGAGCCGGCGCGCGGUUCCAGCUCAGUUCUGCCUCCUGGAGCACCGAGCCGCGCGACGCCAACCGACUGGCGCAGCUGCGGAUCGCUCUGGAGGGCGCCGAACGCCGUCAGGAGGUGUUUGGAUUCGGCGGCGCCUUCACCGACGCCGCCGGCAUCAACAUCGUCAAGCUGCCCGAGGCUGCGCAGGAGCAGCUCAUCAACUCCUACUAUGGACCGGACGGCAUCGGAUACUCGGUGGCGCGCGUCCCGAUGGGUGGCUGCGACUUCUCCACCCAUCCCUACACGUACGCCGAUGUGGCUGGAGACACAGUGCUGGCCAACUUUUCGCUGACUCACGAGGACACAGAGUACAAGCUGCCGUACCUACGCCGCGCGCUGGCCGUGUCUGACACUGAGGUACGAGUGUUCGCCUCUCCGUGGUCGGCACCCGCCUGGAUGAAAAGCAACGGUGCGCUGAACGGCAUGGGCCACCUGCUGCCGGAGUACUAUCAGACCUGGGCUAACUACUUCGUCCGAUUCCUGGAGGAGUAUGACAAGGAGGGUAUCUCUAUGUGGGGCGUCACGGCACAGAACGAGCCUAUUGACGGCGAUAUCCCCGAGUUCGCCUUCAACUGCAUGGGCUGGACGGCUGAGUCGCAGACAGAGUGGAUUAAAACCAACCUGGGUCCGACGCUGCGGGCGUCACGAUUCAACGCCACCAAGGUGAUGAUCCUGGACGACCAGCGAUUCCUGCUGCCCGCCUGGGCCGACGUCGUGCUUGCGGAUCCCGAGGCGGCUGCUUACGUGGACGGCGUGGCCGUGCAUUGGUACGGAGACCCAUUCUUCCCUGCUGACGCACUCACGGCCACGCACAACCACCACCCGGACAAGUUUCUGCUCAACACUGAGGCUUGCGAGGGCUCCUACCCGUGGGAGAUCCAGAAGGUAGCGCUGGGCAGCUGGCAUCGCGCCGAAAACUACGCUGCCGACAUCAUCCGCGACCUGAACCACUGGGUGACCGGAUGGAUCGACUGGAACAUCGCGCUCGACAUGAACGGCGGACCCAACUGGGUGAGUAACUUCGUCGACUCUCCGAUCAUCGUAGACGACGAGCUGCAGCGUUUCUACAAGCAGCCCAUGUUCUAUGCGAUGGGCCACUUCGCCAGGUUUGUGCCGCCGGGUUCCACGGUGUUGGACGCCGGCGUGGAGCAGGGAGACCUACUCAGCGUGGUGGCCGAGACUCCCGACGGCGGAACCGUGGCCACGCUGCUCAACACGGGCGAUAUUGAGCUGGAGGUGAGCCUCACUGACCCGGAGCGGGGCCAUCUAGACCUGACGCUGCCCGCUCGCAGCCUCACCACUGCUAAAUGGAUGUAGCUAAGGCCAGGAUAACAGGUACCAACUAACGACGGAAUAGUGCUAUCAGAAAUUGGUCGACGGCAAUGAGGCCUGUCCCGCUGUUAACAAAUGUAAGUUAAGCGCAAUUAGCUGUAACGUGUGCUAAUAAAUUUCCUGUCCGUGAUAAAACCAAAA